AUGCAACUGUUUGUCCUUCUGAAUGAUCACCAAGAUGUCACACGCAAUAGUUUCAAUUUGGUUAUGGACGAAAAGGUAUUCUAUAAUUACUGAUCAUAUAGUAAUUCAAAAAAUCGAUUCAGUCGACUUUGAAUCAGCUGGGAGAAAAGAUUUCGUCAGGAUUUAAUAUUAACCGAGACCACCUGCGUUUAUUUUUCGCUGAUGGUCAAAGAAUUGUCGGUUUUGAUUUGAAUAGCCAGCUUUCUCAAAUUAAACUGCACCAUCUGGAUAAAAUUAUUGCCGUGAGUUUUCAAAUUUUCAUUACAUUUUCUCUUGGAUAUAGAUAAAGUAGAGUAUAAAUUUAAAAAAAUUUUUGAGAUUCAAAAAAAUGUUGUUCAGUAAGCCAAAAUUGUAUAAAAAAAUUAUUAUACAGCUAGUGGAUUAUAUAAAAUGGUUCUCAAGUUAUUGAUUAUUUUCAGAAACAUUCAAUGUUGGGGAAUUGGAUUGCAUUUGUAAAACGUUUGGAGUCUGCACAGAAGGCGAAGGCAUCAAAUAUGUCAGUGGAACCUGAAGUCGACUGCGCAUCGAAGCAGCUCAAAGCUCUCAUUGAAAGCAAUUUCUUUGUCGCCUAUCCGAGAUUUGAUGAGACGCGUCGUAUAUUCGAGGACCAGUUCAGUUUUUAUUUGAACUCCGAAUUUGAAAACAUGGAGAUCGCAUCAAAACACUACUUCUCAAUCAUCUAUAAUGAAAAUCCUGAAUGCCCAACUUUAGAGAUAAAGUGUGUUAAAAAAAGAAAAAGCGGUGUUCAGGUGAGUUAUUGCCAUUGAAUUUCCGAUUGAUUGUGACCAUUUUUAGAGAGGUCUGGAGUGUCAUGUAUAUCGAAAUGGAGAAAUGACGAAGAUAUAUCAUGUCAAAAUCCACACACGAACAGCUAAAUGGCACGACAAUGAAAGCUGCGAUCUCCGCGAGCUUUUUGCUUACAAGUUAUUGGAACUCAUUAAUGUCGGACCGAAAGUGCAUUUCUUCCCGAACAUGCAUUAUUCUGGAUUUGGACUCUAUAUCGCCACUGAAGACAGUAAGUUAUUUUGUUAGAUAGAUAAUUGAAACAUUAAUAUGAUUUAGUUUUUGGAUUUCGCCAGGAAGCUGAUAUUGAUGAAGAGAAUCCAACGAGAAUGGCUCAGCUUGAACUUCUUUCUUGUUGCUUAUUUUUGAGUGAUCUCAAAAGCAACGACGAAAAUUAUGGUGCUGAUGAUCAAGGACAACUGAAAAUUGUUGAUUUCGAAGUAAGUUUGGAUUUUUUUUUAUUUCAUAGCAAGUUCCUUGACUAUUUAGGUUGGUGGUCAUGACGAAAGUUCAGAAAACGUUGCAAGAAAGUUUUUAUCUCGAAAUACGCAAAUACGUGUUGAUGUUGGAAAAGCUUCUUUUUCAUCUUGGGACCUUCUCAAGAAUAUCGAUUUGGCCAAUACUGCUAUCGAAAAUCAGAAGAAGCUGCUAGAAAAACAUUCAAUAACUUUCAAAUCAGACCGAAUCUUGGACGACUAUUUGACUAAUAUUAAGAACAAUGUUAUUACGUUCGCUCAAUUAUUUGAAUAAAAAGUUUUUUCAAGAAAAAAAAAACACUCGAUUGAUCUUUGUCCUACUUUGCCAUUUAUUACAGGGUGCGCGGAAAACACGGACGCAAAUAUAAUUGACUGUAAAUGUACCGCAGUAUUAACGAUGUGUUUCAAAGUUUAUCGGAUAGUUUCUUUAGAACAAUAAAAAAAAACAGCAAUUAAGAUUUUCAACAAGACCGCCGCUAUUGCGAAUGCAGAACUGAAAACGCUUGUUCGACGCCGAUUUAGGCUCAUUUUCGCUCAAGGGAAGCCUUCAGAGGUUCGAUCUUCUGAUGUGGUGGAGUACAGGCCUUGGACUCCAGACGGUCCCAUACGGAGUAGUACAGCGGAUUCAGAUCCGGCAAAUAGGGCGGCCAUUCUGAAGAUUUGAUGAAGCCAGAAAGCUCUUUCUUGCACCGCUGUUUGAGGCUCUUGGCCUCUGUGUCUUGUUGGAAAAUCCAUGGCCUGUCUCCAAAGUGUCACCUAGUCCAUGGGAGCAGUGCCUUGAUUGGAGCCCAAACGAUGACCGAGAAAAGAUGGCUCUUGCGACUGACAAAUCUUUCCCUCAAAUUAGAAGUUUGGUCGUUGAGGGCAAUGAUCCUAUAGUUUUGACGAUUCACUGCUUUCGAUCGACCCUUGUGGCUCUUAUCGGCUUGGUCAGGAUUUGUGCUUUCUGUAUCUUGAACUGUUUCAUAUGUAGUUUAUCCGUGGAAGUCCUCCCAGACCUUCUCGGACUGAUGAAGUCGCGGACCUUUUUGUUUUUUCUGCAGGUGAAGCAGUGGCCGGUCGUCCGUUCCGAGAGCGGUCUUCAGUAGUACCGAGCUCAUUGAAACGUUUGAUGGUCUUUGACAUCAACGACGAGUGGACGUCGAGUUGUUGGGAGAUGAAAGAGUUGCUGUGA